ACAGCGCGUGCUUUGCACACGAUGACGUCCCUAGGAAAACCGCAAGUUCAUCUUUAUCACAAAUCAGAACGGACGUAGAUAUGCAGUAGCUAUUGCGAUAUGGUGCCGGGUAAAUCGUGUGGUGUUUUGGUUGUAGUUAAUUCUCCAUGAUGACUGAGAAACGAAUGCUGCGGCCAUGUUAGCUUGAGGAUGGAAGUGAGAAGAAAUAUGAAUGGCUGUAUAUUACAAUUGUCACAUGUACUUUUUACGCUAGUUCUCUUAAUAUUAACAGACCAUGUUAUGUAUGCAGAGAAUGAAAAAGGUUUUUGUGAGAUGAAUUUAUUUGAAAAAAAUAAAACAUCGCUCGAAUUUACAAAAGAAGUCAACACGUUUGAUUACGUUGUGAUCGAGCGCUACAAAAGUUUGUCCUGUUGUGCAAAAGGCUACAAGACGAUCAAAUGGUACAAAGAUGGUAAUAUAAUUUCAGCUGGUAACAGAAAUAUUACAUUUCAUGAACUACGGGAACAAAAUCAGACUCUAAUUUCAAUUAGAGUUACAGAUUUGGAUAAUGGUACUUAUACGUGCAAAGUUUCUGAUGGCAUUAAUGAAAUCCAGCGUAAAAUUCAGCUGAAAGUUAUGCCUGAAGUAACAUACAUGGGUCCAGCUUUGCUCACAUAUGUAACUGAAUCUUAUCAAUACGCACAGAUAGGAGAAACAGCAAGAUUUUUCUGUGAAGGAUUUAUAGGACAUGGAAAGAAGCAUAACAGCCAAGUUGCAUGGGUGAUGGAUAAAACAAAUACGUUUCCAGAUACAUCUGAUAAACGCAGAUAUACAAAGAGCGUUGCCAGGGCUGAAGAUCUAAUAAUUGGAGAGUAUCUGAUUUUUAAAACUGUAACUAAAGAAGAUUUUGGUACAUACAAAUGUACAAUAAGCAAUGGAGGUAGUCCAAAAGUGUUCAAUGUGACACUCAUAGAAGGUGAUAAUCCAACAAUGAAAAUUCGUACAUCAUAUAAAGCUACCGUGGUUAUUAUCUCUGUAUUCACAUGUAGUGUUGUUCUGCUGAUUGGUGUAUACAUGAGGUGGCAUCUUGAGUUACAUCUGUUUUGGAAGGACCACUUUGGAAAACUUGAAGAUGAUAACAAAGAAUAUGAUGUUUUUGUAUGCUAUGACCAGACAGACACAGAAUUUGCUCUUGGAGUUUUAGUUCACACUCUGGAAAAAUGUUAUCACUAUCGGUGUUUUGUCUAUGAACGAGAUAGUGUUGCUGGAGAUUGGAUUCCAGAGAUAUAUACAAUGAAGAUCAGGUCAAGUAGACGUUUUUUAAUGGUUCUCUCACCAGCACUGGCCAUUAAUAGUUGGUGCACAUAUGCUUUGUAUGUAGCUAUUGAAGCAAUGCUGAAUCUCCAUUCCAAGAUCAUCUGUGUUGUACUGCAGGACAUUCCCUGGAAGAAUUUUAAACAAACCAAUGGGACCAGUGAUCACACACUGCAACAUGUAUUGAGAGUCGUGAAGAAAGUUCAGUGGCAACCUGCAGUAAUAGAAAGGCCGCAUCCUCUGCUGAAAAUGUGUACUUCUCAGAAACACAAACUACAUACUUCAAAUUUAUCAGAUUCAAACUGUGGAAAUUCAGAGGAGUCACUCUCAAGUGCUGUUCUUGAUGGAUCUAAGGAGAACAUUAUUAAUUCCGUUAAACAUACUGAUACUAGAAUACAUCCAGGUUCUAAAAGGUUUUGGACAUCAUUACGAAUAAACUUACCACCAAAGAGACCCACAAAUAUAAAGAGAGUUUCUUGAAAUGUUUAGCACAAUCAACUCUAAAUGAAGACCAUACAGACUGAAUUUUGCAUGCAAGAAUAAUGCCAAACUUUAUGUUAAAUUUAUAUGGGAAAUAUAACAGUAUGAUGUUUCAUAUAAGAAACCACAAGACAUAUCAAGUGACUGGCACAAAUAUGUUUAUUCAUAUGUUUUGUUCUUCAUUACAGUGAUACAGACAACAUUUAAUUAUAUUUUAAUAAUUCUUUCUGUGGUGGUACACUGUAAUGGAGAAGGAUUUUUAGAUUUAAAGAGCAAGGAAUCAAGAUUAUCACAUUCUGUACUGACAGAUAUUAUUCACUAUAUACAAAUCUCCUUCAGCAGCUAAGAGUUAUUUAUAUGAUGAUAAAAUUCUUUGUUGGCAUGGAACCCAAAUGUUCCACAGACAUUAAAAAAGUCUGCCAUAGUAUUUUAUCCUGUUACUUCAAUCCACUUUAGAUCAUAAACUGUUUCUCUAAGAUCCAUUUUAAUAUUACUUUCUAAUCUCUACUCAAGUUUCCCAAGUGGUAUCUUAUAGUGGGUUUUCUAACCAACACUCUAAGUAGUUGCUUGAAUCCCUCUAAUGUCACCAAUCUGAUUUUUCCUAUCAUCAAAAGAAUACUAUGGGAAGACUACAAACUGUAAAUUAAAACAUGGAGAAAACCAUUCAAAUUAUACAUUGAAAUGUUUAAAAUGUUUAGGGGCUAAAUAUCUUAAAAAUGAAUGACCUACAAAAUAAAUACAUAUUUUUCGUUUGUGGGCUUAUUGGUUAGGGAGCUGUAAUUUUCUAACCUCCUAUUUUUGAAGAUGAUAACUUCUUCUAAAAUGUUGGUAAUCACCUACAAGAUUGUACAGCCUCAUAACCCAGAAGACAACAAACUAGAUUUUCACUACUGUAAAAACUUAUAUAUCAUGUAGACAGACAUAUACAUAUAAUCCUGGCCAAUACAUAUAUUUCAUAGUAGCAGUUACCUUUGAGGAUUCCUUCCUGUAUUCCUACCUGGUGAGCAAAGAGUACGGUACUGCAUGUCAAGUGUAUAUUAAGUAUUGAGCUUACACAGUAAAUCUUUGUACUUAUGACACACCACAUAACAAAAUAUUCUCUUAUGUACCUUACUGAGUCAAAAUUCUCACAGGAGUAUGGGUGCUGACUAUGUGGAUGCUCUGCAACUUGUAUACCCAUUGAAUGAUGUUGGGGUGCUAAGCACUCCCUGAAUUUACCUUACUUUCAUUUGUACCUUUAAGCAACUUCCAAUAAUUAUCUUUUUAAUCAACGUAGGAAUGUAUUAAUUUGGGCUUAGAAAAUGCUUUUUUUUUUUUUCAUGUUUACAUUUUUCUAUAAUGCUUCCCAUCUCUGCAUUUUUGAUGGGUGGGGAAGCUGGUUGAGUUGUAUGUAAUUAGUUUUGUUCUGACAAAAAGAAUAUUGGAAUUCAAGAAUGGUAGAAGUGAGUAAUCAUACUGUAAUUCCACUCCAUUCAUUUCUUGUGUUCUUGGUGCCAACUCCGUGUCAUCAGCUGUUUUAAAACUUUUGAGAUUGUCUACUGGGUGGUUUUGUAACAUACCUAAGCAGCCCCUGAAAUUUUGAAAAGUUGGCAAUCAUGCACACAAGUAUGUCUUUUAAAAUUACAGGCAUAAUAAUGUUAAGGGGAGUCAAGAAUUACCUAAUAUGACAUUGUUAUAUUUGUUUGCUUUAUGACCCAUUCUCUCAGGUUCUAUGAGACAUUAAUUCCAAAGUUUCAUAGUUAUUGUUAUAAACCUUCUUGACUAAUUAUCUAUAUUAAGCUAACAGAUAAAAAAUUAAAAGAUUUUUAUAUCCUAAGUUCUCUGCUUUUCUAUACAUGCCAAUUAUUUUACUUAUAAUACUUAUUAUAGAAAAGUUUAAUACACAUACAUAUUUAAUUGUAGAUGCAUUAUGUUAUCACUCUAAGGUGAAGAGUAUUUAAAAAUUAAAUAUUUUAUGUUGAGUACUUACUUUGUGAGAGUUAAUGGGGAACACAUGUUGAAGAUAGAAACUGAAUCGUUUUCUUGAAAAGAUGAAACACAGAAGCCAAACUUACACAUGCUAAAAAAUGUAAAUUUAAAAAAAGGUUCACAAAUUUAUCAUAUAGGUAAACCAUCAACACAAGCAAUGCAACAGCUUCAGAUUUGAACUACUAAUGAAUGAAAAAGAGAGGGAACAGCAUAUUGACAAUGCAGCCACCAUAUGAAGCACAAAUUUCUCUUCAAUCAAGAAAGUUUAUUGCCUAUCAGGCCAAUGGUUUCCCAACUCCUUUGAUCUCAUUCUUCCUUGAUAUGAGUCCACCCAUUCUCAACCAAGGGAAUAACUUAAAAAAUUUUGUAGCAAUUUCAAAAUUUUGUUGUUAAUGAGUCAUAAUUAUAUGCAGUACUUGUUCUAUGAAAUUGUAUGUUUGUAAUUUAAUGUGGCCCUUUCUUAGAAAUUUAUAUGUAUUAUAUAAUUAGGUCAUUAGCCCCACUGACAAACCAUUCACAACAGACUGGGAAGAUGCAGCUUCCACAUUGAGAAACACUGAUCUAAAUGACAGAAUUUUUUAAGAUUCUAAAAUCCUGUGGAAACUCAAUAAAAUUAGGAAAUAAAUUUUGACACAAAAAUGUGUUGAAUAUCAAUAAAAAACUGAGGUACUGAUUAAUGUUUUAUGAUGUAAUUCCCCUCAUGAUUAAUGUAACAAGAUAACAGUAUUUUUCAAAGAUCUGUGUUAUUCUUUAUUUCAAUUAAUAUGUACACUCAUAAUCAUUUAUGCACAUUCAAAACAUUUCCACACACUAUGAAAACAUGAUUUAAAAAUGUUUAUACAAUACCUAAAUGGAAAAACAAAUAACUGAUUAAAUGCAGUGUUGAGUCAACAUGUGUCAUAAUUACUCUAAGCUAUGAAAUUAAUGUUAAAUUAAAUUACAUCCAUAGAUGUGAUCUUUGAACUACAGAAAGUUAAUGCACAAAUGAUACAUUACAAUAAAAUAUGUGAUGAAUUUCUGCAAGACUUACCAUUUCUUUAGUGAUUUACAUUUUUUACACUUCCUGUGUUUCAGAGAACACGCCUAUGAUAUUAAAGAAACAUUAUCACACAUAACUUCUGGAACAUUGCCAAUAUUAUAACUGGCAUAGUUUUUCAUUACCAGUAGGUAUGUCUGUAACCCUUAACCUAUGAAUAUAUAACUUAUUAACAAGUACCAGGCUCAGGAAGUGUUUUUACAAUAGCCAUAUGACAAAAUUUAUACUGUGUAUGUGCCACCAUGACCUUUCCACUUACUUGCCUGUAAAGUAAAAACUGAAAUAUUUACUAUUCAGUACAUUAAUUUUUAUACAGUUUUCAUUAUUUCCAAAAUCCAUCAACUUUAUAAAGACUAAGUUUAAUACCAAAUAAACUUCAGGGGUAAAAAUAAUAUUUGAUGAACAUAAACUUGUUAAUAUGAACUUCAUGUAGAUUUUCCAAUUAUUCCCAACAUGGCUGUGCAACUGGCUUGGGAUUCCCCAUGUGGCUGCUUGGCUGGAUUGGCAUUUUACAUUGAUUCCCCACCCAUGCUUCUACAUGCAUGUAAAAUGUCUGUCAGUGCUGUUCUAUUUUUAAUCAAAGUUGGAAUGUGUUGUAGGAUUUGAGGUUUUCCUUGGAAUGUGUUGUCAUAUCUUAGCAAAACUCAAUUACAGCAAUGGCCUGAGAGAGAUAAACUAAAAUAUUGCGUCAGUAAAAUGUUAAAAUACCUUCUGAUUCUUGGAGACUGUCAUUUGGUGGAAGCAGAUAAAUACAUUUGAAGUUGGUGAAUUCUGGAGAUGUUUAUGUCAGUCAUAUACAACCUUAACAAUUAAACAGAAUAUACUGUUUCUAAAAUUAUACCCUGUCUCUAAUGGCAAGUAAAACUUAUAAAAUAAUGUAAAAGCAAUUACUAUGAUCAGUAAAUAGCUGUAACAUUCUGUGUUUUAUAUUAAGGCUUUAUCUGUAAGCUCAUUCAGUUUGUUUUGGUUUGUUACUUAUUCUAUCAUUUAUGACAAUGUGUGUGACAAAAUAAUUCUUAAGGUCAUUCCAUUAAUGUUUUUUCUGUUUAUGAAAUAUUAUUUAAAAAGUGACAAUGCAGUACAAAACACAAAAUAUAUAUGUAUGUAACAACAGAGGGAAUGGAUUUUAUUUACUAUAAGACUAUAAUCCAUAAUUAUGAUGUAUGAAAUGAAUGCAAGAAUAUGGAAUAGAAAAUACACAUAUAAAUAACACAGAA